AUGUCUACAAACACUCAAGCCUUCUUUGACGUUCAGUACGCCCCCGUGGGCUCCAGUGCCUCCAAGACGGGCCGUAUCAUCUUCAACCUCUUCGAGAAGGACGUCCCCAAGACCGCCCGCAACUUCCGUGAGCUCUGCACCAAGCCCCAGGGUGAGGGUUACAAGGGCUCUACCUUCCACCGUGUCAUCCCCCAGUUCAUGCUCCAGGGUGGUGACUUCACCCGCCACAACGGUACCGGUGGUCGCUCCAUCUACGGUGAGAAGUUCGCCGAUGAGAACUUCAUCUACAAGCACAACAAACCCGGUCUCCUCUCCAUGGCCAACGCUGGUCCCAACACCAACGGCUCCCAGUUCUUCAUCACCACCGUUGUCACCUCUUGGCUCGAUGGCAAGCACGUUGUCUUCGGUGAGGUUGCCGAUGACGAGUCCAUGAAGGUCGUGAAGGAGAUCGAGGCUCUCGGCUCCUCCUCCGGCUCCAUCCGCUCCAACGUCAAGCCCACCAUCGUCAACUGCGGUGAGUUGUAA